CGCCGCCUGCAGGACAGGAAGUGACCCACUCGCGUCAGCUGGGCGGCGGUGAGCGGAGCUGUCACGGGGUCUCCCGGCUGACCGCCGACUUUCUCCUCAAAACGCCCCAAACCCAGGGAUGUGACCAGAGAGCCGUCCAGGCUGGAGCGUCGUCCCGUCCGUCCGAUUCGGGCUCGGUUGCAGUCGGAUCAGCUGUGAGGAUGCCUCUGAUCCCGCUCGUGCCUGAGCACCACAGUCACGUCCUGGCAGAGUUCGACUGCCUGGACCCGCUGCUCUCCGCUCUACGUUUUGACUCGGGCAGGCUCAAGUGUACCUGUCUGGCAGUGUCGAGGAAGUGGCUGGCGCUGGGAACGUCAGCAGGAGGCCUGCACCUGAUUCAGAAGGAGGGCUGGAAACAGAGACUCAUUCUGACUCACAAGGAGGGAUCCAUCACUCAAGUGGCAUGUUGCCCUCACGAUGAAGAUUUUAUUGCAGUUGCAACAAGUCAGGGUCUGGUGGUUGUGUGGGAGCUGCAGCUGGAGCGGCGUGGCCGUCCAGAGCGCGUCAGCGUGUCGUCGGAGCACAGAGGCCACAGCAUCACCUGCCUCUGCUGGGAUACCAGCGCGCUUCGGGUUUUUGUCGGGGACUCUGCGGGCAAAGUGUCCUGCCUGCGGGCCGGAUCGUCUAAACAUGGCAAGGGGUCAGCAUUUGUUAUCUUUCCUGUCCAGACUAUUACUACUGUUGACUCCAGGGUGGUUCAGCUUGGAUAUCACGAUGGGCGCCUCCUAGUGUCUUCUCUUAGUCGCUGCUACCUUUGUGACACAGAGAAGGAGAAAUUCUGGCGUGUGGGUAAUAAGGAGCGUGACGGGGAAUACGGAGCCUGCUUCUUCCCCCAAAGCAGGGGCUUAUUAGUGGGGCAGCCCCCGCUGCUGUACUGCGCCCGGCCGGGCUCACGAAUGUGGGAGGCCAAUUUUAACGGCGAGGUUCUGAGUACCCAUCAGUUCAAACAGCUGCUCGCCUGCCCCCCUCUCCCUCUAAUCACUUACAGAAAUGAACCAAACUACAAUCCAACACAGAGGGGUCCGCAGUCUCUUGGCUUCCCUAAACUACUUUAUUUUGGGGACCAAAACCUGCUUACUUGGACCGAUUCAGCCAUUUAUGUCUUCACACCUCACAAUGGACAAGUCCUGCUGUGGACCGAAGUCAAAGACUUGGCUGAUGUUGCGGUCCACCGCAGCGAGCUGUUCUGCCUCCACGGCAGCGGCCGUCUGUCCCACCUCUCCCUGCUGUCUGCGGAGCGCUGCGUGGAACGUCUGCUGCGCAGAGAGUCCUGGACUCUGGCUGCUACCGUCUGCUGUAUGUUCCAGCACACAAUCACGACGAGCAGGGCCAGGAAGUCCAUUCCCAUCGACCGCCUGGAAAGCCUGAAGUCUCAACUCAGCCCCAGCACCCAGACGGAGCUGAUUAACCUGCUGGAGGAAGUCAUCCUGAAGCUGGAGCCGCUGGACUCUGCGUCCAGCAGCCGCAGGAGCAGCAUCUCCUCACACGAGAGUUUUAACGUGCUGGACUGCGGGAUCUACCGAGUGAUCAGCCGCAGAGGAAGCCAGUCUGACGAGGAGACGGGCUCCCUCAUGAAUCAGUCCGUGUCGGAGGAGGAGCGCCUCAAAGAGUUCAGCUUCGUCCAGGAGGAAGAUCAGGUGGAUCAUGAUCCACAGAGCGGCGAGCGCACGGAGGCCGACCGACCCGACCACAGCCUGCAGUUCCACCUUCCACUCUCAUUCCGCCCCAAACCCCCCCGCAUUGCUUUGCAGGCCGUCAAAGACAGUGUUUCUAGUUUUGUCAAGAAGACGACGGAGAAGAUCAACACCCUCCAGAUGAACUCUGAGCUCCGACAUCGACCUGAAUUUAAAGAGAGCGCACAGCCCGACACGUUAACGCCCGCAGCGUCGUACUCUGAGGAAAUGGAGAACGAAGUUUAUAACGAAAUAUCUAACGCAGAGGCUGAUAUGGACGAACUUCGUUCAGCAACAGAGCAGGCAGUCUCACAGGUACAGGAUCCUUUGGUGGUCCUGGAUCCAGUCUGCCUUAGAGAAGCUCUGUUGGAGUGGCUGUCAGUGUUGGAGCGAGUAGUGGGCCCCGCCGAUCUCCUCUCAGCUUCUGUGACCGAUCCAAACCUGGAUGGAUCGGCUGAAGAGAAAUGGGAGAGGGAUUAUCUAAGCUCUGGCACAGAGCAACAAACCGAAUCAACAGAAAGUGUCGCGGUGGAGGAAAAAGAGGCAGAGCUCGGAGAAAAAGAAGUCCUGUGUGAGAAACGGCAGACGUCAGAGACGGCUGAACACGUCUCUUCACCAGAGAAUCACCCCGAGCCGGUCCGAGUGACGUCUCCUGUACCUUUACCAUCCGAUCUGGAGGCUAAUCUCACCGAGCUGGCCACUCUGCACACGGAGCUGAGCUGCUUCAGGAACCAGCAGGAGGAGCCGGGAUGCUCAGCCUUCCUGCGCCGCUACUUCUUUCUGCUGGACCAGGAGCGAGUGAGGAGAAUGUGUCUGCUUUGUUACCAGCAGCAGCCCGAGAUGAUGAACUCGUUCGUCGAGGCCAUGCUAGCGCUCACUCAGUCCAGCAAGGUGGUAGAAAUUAUUCAGAGGGGUGAUUUGCUGAAAUCUCUGCGUAGCCUCAGAGAGCUGCAGCCAUGGCGUGCGCCUCAUCUCCUUGCUCACUUCCACAGGCUGUAUGAGAAGCACGGUGAGGCAGCUGUACGCUCCUUUUCCCAGUUCUAUCCCAUAAUAACGCCUGCUGACGUGGUGACGGUGGCUCAGCGAAGCCACUUCCUGGCGUACCUGGAUAAUCUUGUGCAGUCAAGAGCUGAGGAGCAGAGGUUGACAUUUCUGCAAUCGCUUCUGGAUCCUGAAUCUCUGCGACAGGAUUGGCUGGAGCUGGCUCUGACACACGAUGCCCCGCAGCGUACUGAUACCCUGACCUCUGAUGGAAGGCCCAGGUGGCAUUCACACUGCUUCACUUGGGGCUACGGGCGUCUUUUGUCCUUGCUGGUUCGUCUUCCUGCGGACCUUUCCUCUAAAGAGAAGAUGAGCGAGAUGUGCCGCAGUCACGGGUACUGGAUGGGCUACCUCUACCUUUGCAAAGAGCUGCAGUGUCGCAGUGAAGCCUUUUCCACCAUCUGUCAGCUGAAUGACAUCAGCCUCCUGGAGGAUCCUGAAGGUGUUGAGCCUCAAAACCUGGACGAGUGGAAGCUCCUGAUCCACCUCUGUCAGCAGUACUGCGGUUCGACAGACUCGCCGCUGGCCGCCGACGUGAACGGGAGCUGCUGGUCCAAUGGCUCCGCGGACCGCGAAGGAAGGAUCAGCCCGGAGAGCCUGACCCUCAUGCUGGCCCGGACGGUCGGACCCGACCGAGCUCUGGCACUGCUGGACGAAUGCGGCGUGCAGGUGGUCCUUUCAGCCCACUCCAAGCUGGUGUGUGACCUGCUGAGAGUGGCAGAGAAGAGACAGAGGGCCAUGAUUCAGACCAUGCUCGAGCGCUGCGACCGGUUCCUCUGGUCUCAGCACGCCUAAAUCCGGACCGAUGCAUCAAUUACUAACUUGACACCUCAUGUGAAACUUCACUCUAACUGCUGUUUAAGCUCGAAUCUUAUGUAUACACUGUGAUUACCGUCAAAGCUAAAAAAAGAAGGUACCUGCGCUUAAGUGAGAAGUGUUGUCUUUUUAACUCAUUCAUGCCAUUGACUCGUCGAUUCUGUCAGUAUUCGUAUGCGUUACUGUUUGUAGUCUAUUUCAGACUCAUCCUAUUGCAUGCUUGCACAAGUAAUAAAUUAUCCUGCAUCUUAUCUGUUAUCAAAGGCCAAAGAUAUCAUCUCUACCUGCUUUGAAAGAAAAAACUAUUAUUUAUAUAUACAUAUAUACAUAUUUUAUUUGAAGCAAUUAAAGGAUGGUGUUAAAAGCAGGUUUUAUCAGGUAAAUAAAAUUGUGAAAACAUUUUUUUUUUUGUUUUUUUUUUUUUGGAGUUUAUAGGCUUUUAGUGACAAUGAUUGCGAACAAACCCUGUGACAGUAUUCUGCUUACAUGUAUUUAACUCACAAAAAAAAGGUUUACUCCUAAAAAAGGUUUACUCCUAAACCCUAAUUGUAAAUGUAAGCGUAAAAUUACAUGUACAGCAACUAUUUGCAUGUAAUUAAACUUGUUUGGAGAAUCCACACAGCUAGAAACCAAUCUGUAAACCAUUUCAUAUCUAUGGGAAAUAAAUAUUUGAAUUAA